AUGGCCAUCUCCCAAGGACUGAUUGGGAUACUAGGGACCUGCCAGAAACCAACUACUGAAGUGCUUGAGCCCACCACCACUGACUGCGAGACCACUGAUCUCCCCGAGCCAACGACCGAGGUCCCAGAGCCAACCACCACCGACUGUGAGACCACUGAUCUCCCAGAGCCAACUACUGAGGUCCCAGAGCCAACCACCACCGACUGCGAGACCACAGAUCUCCCAGAGCCAACCACUGAGGUCCCAGAGCCAACCACCACCGACUGCGAGACGACAGAUCUCCCAGAGCCAACAACCGAAGUGCCAGAGCCCACCACUGAGGUCCCAGAACCGACCACCACGGAAUGCGAGACGACAGAUCUCCCCGAGCCAACAACCGAAGUGCCAGAGCCCACCACUGAGGUCCCAGAGCCGACCACCACGGAAUGCGAGACUACUGAUCUCCCCGAGCCAACAACCGAAGUGCCAGAGCCCACCACUGAGGUCCCAGAGCCAACCACUGAAGUCCCAGAGCCGACCACUGAGGUCCCAGGUCCCACUAUGACCUCCAGCAAACCUGACAUCACCUCAACUAUUACCAUUACAACCACCUACACCACCACCACUUGCCCUGUCACUACCGAGACUGUGACGAGCGGUUCGCAUACAUUUACGGAGACCCGGACAAACACUGAGACAAUCACUUGCACUGAAACUGCAACUACCGUGACGGUGAUUCCACCAUCGCCAACUGGUCCUCCGGAGAACCCUCCACCAUCUCACCCAGAACCAUCCAACCCUCCUCCAGAGAACCCCCAGCCAUCCAACCCUCCACCCUCGGUGCCUCAGCCAUCUAACCCACCACCAUCAGUUCCGGAGCCAUCUAACCCACCACCAUCGGUUCCGGAGCCAUCUAACCCACCACCAUCGGUUCCGGAGCCAUCUAACCCUCCCCCAUCUAACCCUCAACCGGAGAACCCGCCACCCUCGGUUCCAGAGCCAUCCAACCCCCCGCCAUCCAAUCCUCAACCAGAGAACCCACCACCAGCCUUGCCCACACAGACCCUCAUUCCACAACCGCAACCACCACCCCAGACCACUAGCACUCCUACAGGAGCUCAACCGCCAGUGUUCACUGGCGCUGCUGCUCGUCUCCAGGGUGGAUUGACCGCCGUUGUGGCUGUGGCUGCUCUGAUGGUUGUCGCGUAA